AUGGUCUUUUCCAAGCUUGCUUUGCUGGCCGGCGCCGUGGGUGUCGCUGCUCAUGUUGCGCAGAGCCCGCUCGGCUCCGUCGACGCCGUCGACACGACAUCCGAGUGUCGGCUCCCGCCGGCCAUUGACCCGUACGAGGAUGGCUUGCCGCACAUCUCCAGGCUCUGGGGCGGCAGGAAGGCGCUCUCGCUGCAGGUCAAGCGUCUCCAAGCCGUUAUCCGCGUGCCGUCUGUGUGCUACGACAAUCUUGGCCCGAUUGGCGGGGACGAGCGCUGGAAGCCUUUUGACGAGCUGCACCGAGUUAUCGAGGGGCUGUAUCCCGCCAUCUACAAGCGCGCCAGGGUGGAAAGGAUCAACACUUAUGGCCUCCUCUACACCAUUUCCGGAAGCGACUCUGAUCUCAAGCCGAUACUCUUGAUGGCUCACCAGGAUGUCGUUCCUGUUGCGGAUGGCUCGACCUGGACUCAUGACCCUUUUGCAGGGUUUUAUGACGGCCAGUACCUCUGGGGACGCGGUGCCAGCGACGACAAGAACAGCUUGACGGCCAUCAUGUCGACGCUGGAGGCAAUGCUCGGCUCCGCACACUGGAGGCCACGCCGCACAGUUGUCGUCGCCUUUGGCUUUGACGAGGAGUGCUCCGGCUACCUCGGCGCGCAUCGCAUUGCCGAGGUGCUGACGGACCGCUACGGCGACGACGGCCUGGCCGUCAUCCUGGACGAGGGCGGCUUCGGCAUCCAGACGAUUGGCAACGUCAAGUACGUGCUGCCAAGCAUCACAGAAAAGGGCCACGUCGACGUCUGGUUUGAGCUCGACGUUUUCGGCGGGCACAGCUCCGUGCCGCCCCCACACAGCGGCAUCGGCAUCAUGUCCGAGAUAGUUUCGGCGCUCGAGGCGAACCCUUUUGAGCCCCGUCUAACAAAGGAGAGCCCCGUCUACGCGCACAUGGCCUGCCUGGCGCACUACUCACCCAAUGAGAUGCCCGAGAUCACCGAGCUCGUCCGCCAGGGCAACGUGUCAGGCAUCGCCGAGGCGCUGGACGGCGUAGGAGGCAUGGAAUCAUUCACGGUGCGGACCUCGCAGGCUGUGGACUAUAUCCGCGGCGGACAAAAGAUCAACGCUCUGCCGGAGAAGACUACCCUCGGCGUCAACUACCGCGUGACGCUGGACGACGGUAUCCCCAAGGUCCUGCACAGCAUCGUCCGUCAUAUUGACCCCAUUGUCAAAAAGUACAAUUUGACCGUGCAUGCCUUUGAGGGCGAUGAGGACUAUGCAGAGCAUGCGGCCAAGGCCGAGCCCAUCAGUAGCAGGAGCGACACGAUGGACGCCGAGUACGAGGUGAAGACGGGGGGCAGGCUCGUCAUCAAGGCAGCCGACGCCUUUCAGCCGUCCAACGUCUCGCCGAUGCACGGCAAGGUCUGGGAUACCUUUUCCGGUUCCGCCCAGCACACGCUCAAGUUUGACGGCACCGUCGUCCCCGUCGGCGAGACUAUGACUGGUAACACUGAUACUCGUCACUACCAGAAUCUCAGUCGCAACAUCUACCGCUUCACCCCUACUGCUCCCGGAGCGGUCAAGAACAUCCACACGAUUGACGAGCGCGCUGACAUGCAUGAGCAUAUCAAGAUGCUGGCAUUCUAUUAUGACUUGAUUCGCAACUUUGACGGGGCUGAGCUCCAAGGCGAGGCGGCUGUGGCUGUGGCUGAGGACAAUGAGGAACUGUGA